UGUUCAGGGUUCUUAGGCAGAUCUAAGUUUAUUAACCUUUGUGAUGUUUGUUUGUUUUUACUUGCUGUUUUCUUCUGAAUGAGAAUAGUGAGUUCAAAGAUAUUAAAAUAAUGCAAGUUAAUUAAUAGAAAAGGUUUUACUUUACAUAAAAACGAACUAAUUGAAUGUUUUUCAAUGUGAUCCAUUGUAGAAAAUCGUGUGACAACAUGAGCAUCUUAAAAAUGUUCCAAAACCACAAACAUAUAUGCAAAAGGUAUUUUACAUAAUAAUUAUUACCCUCCAUUGAAAGGCAGGUGACAAUGUUACCAUUGUCUGUGUGGUUGUAACCAAAUUAUCGAACAAAUUCCAGACAUAUACUGCACAUUGCAUGACAUCUUUGUUUAAAACUUUGGCAUGAACUAGAAUCAACCAUGUCAGGGUGUUAGCAAAAUAUUUUUCACACCAAUGAACAAAUUGUAGUGAAUUUUUCAAAACAUAAUCAGUAGAUGUACGUCUAGAACUGAUAAGCUUUUGGAAUCGACACAGUUCAUGGUAGCCAUCACAGCUUUCUGACUUUAGACGACACAAAAAUGUCUGUAAUUAAGUCAAUGUUAUAGACAUUAAGCUCAGUUUUGGUGUUGAGUCGGAACACUUACAGAUAUAGAGUUUUUGUGAUGCACAUCCCAUAUUAUUUUCAAAUAUUGACCAUCAUGAAUAAAACUAUAAUCUCUCAACUUAAUAUGAGGUGGUUCCUUCCUUUCAAACGCUAUCAAGAAGGAAAGAAAGAAAAGCAAAUUGUCCCUUUUAUGAAUAGAACAGGAAAGCCUGAGGAAGGACAGCAGCUUCCUAAGCAUUAAAAAGUAGCAGUAUUUCUUUUAUUGGUACUAAAACUUCAACAAUGCAGCACCAAGAGUAUAAACAGCUUUAAGGACUUAGCAGUAUCCAGUUCAUUGAAUUAUUAUUAAAGUCAAAUUUGCAAAUAAUCAGUUAUUCAAAUGGCUUGCACACAACAUUUAUUCCAACUCAACUGCAGUGUAGAAAAUCCACCAUUCCUGGCCACAGUGUUUAAAGAGCCCAGUAUUUCCUCUCUGAGUUUCUUCAAGGCCUCAGUGAGAGGAGCCUCUCUUAUCUUGUUUAAUUUGGGCCUGUCUUCAGAAGUCAGAGUCAAGGCUCUGGCAUUGACGUAAACGCAUAAAAGGUGUUUCCCUGUAUCAGCUCUGCACCGUCCCUCGCAGCUCUUUGCUGGGAUGCAUGGCCAAAGCUGAGCCGGACCUCUCCUAAUAACGCAGCCAUGCUUUGGUAUUUGUGCCUGUUUGUGUCUGUGCUCGUAGGCCUGGCUGUGCUCGCCUGGUGGCUGAGAGUCAGGACCCCGCAUGGCCCCCAGGAGCCUCCCCACCUCCCGGCGCUGCCUUUGAUUGGCAGCCUGCUGAGUCUGAGAAGCCCGCAUGCUCCUCAUGUGCUCUUCAAGGAACUGCAGAAGAAGUACGGUCAGACGUACUCUCUGAUGAUGGGCUCCCACAGAGUCCUCAUCGUCAACCAGCAUGUUCACGCCAAAGAAGUCCUGCUGAAGAGGGGGAAGGUGUUUGCAGGAAGACCCAGAACUGUGACCACAGAUAUUCUGACCAGAGAUGGGAAAGACAUUGCGUUUGGAGACUACAGCGUUGCCUGGAGGUUCCACAGGAAAAUAGUGCAUGGAGCUCUUUGCAUGUUUGGAGAGGGGUCUGCCUCCCUGGAAAGGAUCAUCUGUGCAGAGGCUCAGUCUCUAUGUAACACCAUGUCAGAGGCAGCAGCUGCUGGACUGGCCCUGGACCUGUCCCCCGAGUUGACCCGGGCCGUCACUAACGUCGUCUGCUCGCUCUGCUUCAACUCGUCCUACUGCCGCGGGGACCCAGAGUUCGAAGCCAUGCUGCGCUACAGCCAGGGCAUCGUGGACACGGUGGCUAAAGACAGCCUGGUGGACAUCUUCCCUUGGUUACAGAUAUUUCCCAAUGCGGACCUGCGCCUUCUAAAACAGUGUGUUGCGAUUCGAGACAGACUUCUACAGAAGAAAUAUGAAGAGCACAAGGCAGAUUACAGUGACCACGUACAGAGAGACCUGUUGGACGCUCUGCUCAGAGCCAAACGCAGCGCCGAGAACAACAACACGGCAGAGAUCAGUGCAGAGUCCGCGGGUCUGAGCGACGACCACCUCCUUAUGACAGUGGGGGAUAUCUUUGGGGCCGGUGUUGAGACCACCACGACUGUACUCAAAUGGGCUGUAACCUACCUCAUCCAUCACCCAGAGGUACAGAGACGUAUUCAGGAGGAGCUGGACACUAAGAUUGGGGUGGACCGGUCCCCUCUUCUCAGUGACAGAGGAAGUCUUCCCUACCUGGAGGCCACCAUUAGGGAGGUGUUACGGAUCCGUCCUGUAGCUCCUUUGUUUAUCCCUCAUGUGGCUCUCAGUGACACCAGUAUUGGAGAUUUCAAAGUGAGGAAGGGAACUCGAGUCAUCAUCAACCUGUGGUCACUGCACCACGAUGAAGAGGAAUGGGACAAGCCUGAGCUUUUUGACCCAGGUCGGUUUUUGAACAGCGAAGGCACAGGUCUGACCGUCCCGUCGGCCAGCUACCUGCCGUUCGGCGCUGGGAUUCGGGUGUGUUUGGGUGAGGCUUUGGCCAAAAUGGAGCUGUUCCUCUUCCUGUCCUGGAUUCUACAGCGAUUUACUCUCUCCGUCCCACCAAACCACCCUCUUCCCAGUCUGGAGGGCAAGUUUGGUGUGGUCCUGCAGCCAGUCAAGUACAAGGUGAAGGCCACACCCAGACCAGGCUGGGACCGACCCAAAGACCAGGCGUGUUGAGAGGGGGUCCAAUCCACACUGUGGCUCUCGUGUGGGGGGCAUCGUCACUGUCAGGCAAAUAUAACAAGCAUUGGACAUAAAAUAUUUGUUUAACUGUAUUUAUUAUUUAUUUGCACAGUUGCAGAACAUGUUUUAAAAAAGUCCAACCUACAUUCUGACAUGCAUCAGUUCAAUGAGUCAUUUUAAUUUAAUUUCUAUCAUGGGAAAAAGAGUCUACAAUUUUUCCUUUCUAAUAUUUUAUUUUAGCCUGGUAAAACCAGCCCAAUGUUCUUCACUUUGCUUCAGAGGGUCUGGACUCUCAGCUGUUGAGAAACCCUUUCUUGCUGGAGGCGUGGCCUCUGAAGUACUGAGCCAAACAAAGUGGCUGUAAAUGAGUGCUAAACUACAGGCAGACUAAAACGGCACAGAAAAUUGAUGUUGUCGUUCACAACUCCUCCUCCUGUUUGCUGAUUGUUGAAAAUCUACCAGAGAAAUCCAAGUCAAUGAGAGAAAGCCCAGGCGGAGCAGAGAAGGGAGAUUAGAAUCGAUCAGAAUUGCACAAGAAGGCAAUGGCCAGGCUAUUGGGCAUAAGAAAAAACAAUAAUCUGGGUUUAUCAAGUUAUAAAACUAUUUUAAUCUAAUCUUAAGUAAACAAAAACAGAUUCCACCGUGUCAUUAUUUAUUAAACAAAAAAAGUCAAAAAUGGUUGUGUAUGUACACCCCAUUACACAACAGCUUGUAGAACCUCUUCAGACUUUGUUUUCCUUUAAUCGAUGGGUUGCCAGUUCAGUCCCCCAUCUUUAGGCAAGAGAUUUCACCAUCUUGCCUGCUGGUGCUGCUCAGAGGGUCCAGUACUGUUGGUACAUGGCAGCCCUGCUUCUGUCAGUGUGCCCCUCAACAGCUGUGGCUACAGUGUAGCUUAGCACCAGUGUAUGAAUGAGUAGUGCUCUGGAGUCCACAGGGACUUGAUAAAGCCUUAUACAGGCCAUUUACCAUGUUGUUGUGGAGAAAUGUUGGCCCAUUAUAUUUUACAAGGUAGCUUCAGUUCACUGAGGUGUUCAUUAAGGUGCACACCACAGCAUCUGAAACAGGUUCAGGUUCUGCAUCUUAAUGCAAAACUUUGAUUUUUUUUCCCCAGUCAUUUAGUUGUAGAUUUGCUGCUGUGUUUGGGAUCUGUUUCAUGAUGCAGUCUGGUCCAAGCUUCAGCUUUCAGACAAACGGUCUCAACUUUGACUCUAGAAUCCUUUGGUCUACGGAGGAGUUCAUGGUCGACUCAGUGACUACAAGGUGCUCAGAUCCUGUGGCUACAAAUCACCCUUCCCCCACUGUGCCUUAGCUAUAUGAGGUGUUUGGGCUGAUAUGUUGUUUAUGCUGUGUAUCCUGGGUAAACAUAUCUACUUUGUUCUGCUAACUAAUGCCAGAGUGACUGAGAUUGAGGGAUUUUAUUGUGUGACCAUUGGAGUGAUUUUGCUGGUCCAUUAUUUAUGGGCAGUUCAGCAGCUGUCUUAAAUGUUUUUUCUUUCUCACUAUAAAAUGACAAAAAAUAUAUUUUGCUGAUGUUUAUUUGUUCAAGAGUAUUACAUUAUCAGCAUGAAAUGGAAUAAAGAAAGAUGCUCUUUUUCCCAUGACUGUAUGACACGUGUCAAACUCAAGGCGCACGGGCCAAAUCUGGCCCUUGUUAACAUUUUGUCUGGCCCCAAAAGUAACACUUUCAAAUGCAAAAUAGUUUUAUGGUUUGUCUCAUUGUCACUGGAUUUAGUGCAUUUUUCUCAUUACGACUUUCAUACAAAGAAAUUUAAGUUAGAAUUUUUCAGUCAUCUUUAAUUUUGGUGCAGAAAGAGAAUCAGUUCUCUUCUCAUUUUAAAGUCUCAUGUUUGGAAUUUUUCCUUUUUUAACUUAAUUUGCUGGAUUGUGAUAACAUUUAUCUUUGACAUUUAUUUCAUAAAUAUUGACAGAAAUUGGCCCUUAGCUUGGACCAACAGGUUUUGACUUGGGUCCAAGUCUUCAUGUCUUUUAGAUAAAACCAUAUUAGUAACAUUAGACGUAUACCAGUGUUCCCACAGGUGAUGUUAUCUGAAAGCAUGAAGCAAAAAUACCUGGUACUGGUAUAACCUGAGAUGUUAAAAAGUAUAUACUGUAUAUACAUACAGUAUAUAUACAUAUACUGUAAAUAUAUUUAUAC